AUGGAGUCCCACGUGGACCCUGCCGGUGGAAGAGAGAGUAUCUUGCCAAUUCCCCCGCUCUCGGCAGGCAAGCGGAGGUUAGUGCGUCAGACGCCGACUGGUGGUGGCGACGCCAGUGUUCCCGGCGGUAGUACGCUCGCUUCCCCCUCUGCUGCUGCUGCUGUCGCAGCGACGACCAUGGCAACGCAGACGGUCAGCAGCGAGGCUGAGGGAAAUGCUCUCAUCAAGCGGAUUCGUCAACUGGAGGGCGAGGGCGCAACGCUCUCCAAUACACUCACAAAGGUAUGUGAGGAGAAUGGCCGCCUGUCCGGGCAGAUCUCCGCUCUGGAGGAGAGGGUGCAGACGCUGGUGCGGGAACCCCUGAAGGGGACGUCGGUGCUGCACUCACUCUUCGAGCCGGAGAAAACAGGCUGGUUUGGUGGCUCAAAGUCCGCCGCACGAGAGAAGCUGGAGCAACUAAGUGACGCAUUGCAGUCUGAGUUCAUCGCCUACAAGUCGUCGCAUGCGUCUAGCAACGAUGAGGUGCAGGCUCUGAUGGAAGGGCUGCACAAUGCACACCUCAACGCGCAGGAACUGUCUAACGUGGUGAGGGACCAGCAGGAGCUCAUCAGCGGCGGUCCGCUGGCGGUGGCGGUACACAUCGUGCCCUUUGACGAAAGCAACAGCUCUGCUGCGAUGGUGCGGGAGUUGCAGGAGCAGCUGCGUAAGGUGCGCGAGCAAGCUGCACUCACUGAGGAUCAGCUGCGUAACUCGCAGGCGGAGGUGCGUGCACUGAACGUGGAGAACAUUCAGCUGCGCAAUGGUGCUAUUGCAGGCUCCGCGCUUGCAACAGCACCGGCGGCUGCAGACCCAAUGCCAGCGGUCAGUAGCGCUCCGUUGCUCUCUGGGAAGGCUGCCACUGAGGAGCUCGAACGCAUGUCCCACGAGUAUGAUGUGCUGCAGAGCGCGCUCACGGAGGCGCGCAACUCUAUCGCCGAGAAGGAAAAGGAUGCGGAGCUUCAGAGGCAGAAAGUCGCACAAUUGCAGAACAGACUCACGGCGAAGGACUCGGUUCACAUGGAGGAGGUGGGUAAGCUGCGACAGCAGCUCGCCGACUCCUUUAGCGCUUCUAUGGCAUGUGGGCGCUGCGAAGAACUACUGCAGGAGCUGGAGAAGGCCAGAUGCGAUGUGGACGCGUCCCACAUGGUGGUGCAGGACCUGCGCAACGAGAUCCUGGAGAUGACGGCAAAGCAGCAGAACAAGUAUAGCGCGCUGGAGAAGCGGCUGGCAGACAGCCUCGACCAGCUCCGCGAGAAGGACCAGCAGCUACGCCACUCGACCUCCUCCGAUGACUACGACCAUCUCAAGUUGGAGCAAGAAUCGCUGACCCGUGAAAUUGAUCUCUAUAAACAACGCAUCGCCUUCUUAGAAACUAGCCGCAACCCAGCCAACGAUGUUGCCGACGCGACUGCGCUGGACGAGACGAAGGUGCUGGAGACACUCAGCGCUACGAAGGAGCGUAUCUCAAAGCUGGAGUUUGAGCGAGAUCAGCUGGUGAUGCAGCUGCAACAGGCCCAAAGCUACGCUGUGUCUCGCGACACGGAGGCGCGCCAGCUGCAACAGCGCGCUGAGGAAGACAAACAGCGCGUGGCCUUCCUGGUAAAGAAGUGCGCAUCCCUCGCCGCCGAUGUGCGGAGCACGACGGCACAACUCGACACCUUCAAGGAACAAUUCGAGAAGCAGUCGCUCGAGCUCAAGCAGGAGAGACGCAACACGGAAAGCAUGGCCAAAUUGCAGAGAGAAUUUGAUGAUCUGACCAAAGCAAAGGGCUUGCUCGAGGACCGUUUGGCCGCAACGCAGGAGGUGGAGGAGCGGCUUGUAAAGGCGAAGGAGACGAUCGCGUACAUGGAGUUGGCGCAGAGCAGCACGAUCUGCAUGAGUCAGUUUGCUGAGGUGAAGUCGGAGAAGGAGAAGCUGCAAAGUAAGGUGGAACCGCUGGAGCGCAAGCUGGAGGAGGCCAAACAGGAGAUUGAGCGCCUCAAGGCUGUUACGGAGGCACAGCAGGCUGUUUCAUCCACGCAGAACAAGAACGUGCGCGCCUGGCAGGACCAGAUAACUGCGCUGAGCGAGAGUGAAGCGAAACUGCGAGACAAGGUCACCACACUGACGACGGAGAAUAGCCGCCUCACACAGGUGAACGCAUCACUGGAGCAGCAGAUGAACGACAUGCAGGACGGCAUUAAGGAGAUGGCGGUGCACAUGGAGAGAGAUCGCUCCAGCGCCAAGGCCGCCGCUGAGGCGAACUCACAAAAGAAAAUCCAGACCCUAUGCGAUGAGCUAGCCCAGGCAAGGGCGACAAUCGCCGAGGUGCAGGCACGCGACGGGCAGUACGUCGCCGAGGGGCUUUAUCAGUCCGUCGUCGCAGAGCGCGAAAAGGCGUUGGAAGAGAUCAAGAGGGUCACCUUCGAGCUAGAGAAGCGCAAGUCGGAGAUAUCAAUCUACCGCCAGACGAUCGCCGACCUGGAGCAGGAGAACGAUGAGCGCCUGAAGGAGAUUGAGGCGCUUCAGGAUCGCUAUCAGAGCGACCGCACAGGCCUCAGCGAUCGCCUCGCGAAGGAGCAGAAGCGCACGGCGGAGCUGAACAGCAAUGUGGCAAGCCUGACGGAGCAGGUGUCCGCGAUGGAGGCGGCCGCGGCGAAGCACAUGGCCACCAUAACGGAGCUGCAAGAGAAGAAUGCGAGGCAGCAGCGUGUCUUUGAGGACAAGUGCCGCCGCGAGGAGGCCCUCAGCGACGAGAUUAAGCGUUUAAGUGCUCAAAUCGGUACUCUGCAGGGAAGCGGGACAAACACCGCCCUUCAGCCGGAGAGCCGCAGCCGCAGCAACGACGUCACGGCGGCGGCGGCGGCGGGAGUGGGUGUUGCCGCUGUGGUCUGCGCGGCCGGACUAGCGGCACCUCCCGCAGCGUGUCACAGCCCAGCCGUGACGGAAAUGGAGGCAGAGGUGAAGGCGACAGAGCCCGCCGUGUCUUCAUCCCCUCUGACCCCCUCAGCACUGACUGCAAGCCAACCGCUGUCAGAGCGCGCUGUUGAUGGCGCCGCCUCCCACACCGCUUCUGCACCAGAGCCUAUCGCCAUUGAGGCCUUCUGCAAGCGCAUUGACGACCUCCUGCGAGACAACCAGCGCCUCGCUAGUGAGCUGAAGCGUACAGAACUGCAGCACCGUACGGAGUCCGCGGAUGAUCAGCGCAUGAUUACCAUCCUGCAGACACAGAUCAAAAACCGCAUGUCGACCAACAACCGUACUGCAUACGAGGCUGAAAUCGCCAAGUCGGCAGCACUGAAGAAGAGCGUUGAGACGCUCAUGGAGGAGAACACGAAGCUGCGCAUGCAGGCAGGUGUAGCGCAGGCCCCGGUGAACAUGCCUGCUUCGGCCUCAUCUGUCGCCAUGGCGGGGACGCAGCAGAUGGACGUGCUUCAGCUGCAGUCCCAACUGCAGGCUCAGAAGGCCACCUUCGACUCAGCGAUGGAGGAGGCAGCGAAGGUGGCGGAGACGUACGAGGCGCGCAUCCAUGAACUGGAGGAGCAACUACACGAGGCGGAGGAGGCUGCGGCGGCCGCCGCCACAGGGGCAGACGCCGGUGGCAGGACCGCCAGCGAUGAUGGGGAUGGCCCGCUCGGUAAGGUGGCGAAGAAGAAGACGAAGAAGGUGAAAAAGAGGAAAACGCUGGCAGAGCAGGUUUGUGCUGUGGGCGACGACGCGGACGUCCUUGCCGCGUUCCCUCAUGCUGAUGCUGUCGACGCCGAUUCGCAGAACUCCGUUGAUGCGGGGCAGUUGCAGGCGUCCUUGAUGUCCGCACACCAUGAAGUGCAUCAGUUCAAGCUAGAAAACAUACAGCUCAAGGAAGAAAUCGCGCAACUCAAGGCAACCAUCGUGGACCUGUUGGCACAGCUGCAGCGGGCUGAGGAGGACGUGAGGUCCGCGCAUGAGGACCUUGACAUGGCCCAGGCCGCCAUGGACGUAGAGCGACGCGAUCUGCAGAAACAAAUCGACCUCCUGCAGACGCAGAAGACACGGAAGCGGUCCAGCAUGGGGGAGAAGCAGUUGUCGGCGUCAGCGCGCAGCAACACCAUUGGUACCAAUGGCGGUGGUAGCCCCAGUAAGGCCAACCGCUCCUUCCACAGCUUCUCUAUUGCCGACGUGGAGAUGCAGUUGCGCCGGUGCCAGGACGAGGUGGACCGCCUGAUGGUUGAGAACCGGAACCUGCAGUAUAGACUGGAGCGGCAAGCGGGCUGCACCAAGCCACCCUCUUCGGCCACUGGGGCGGCAGUAGGGGCGACGGAGAAGAGUGGGGCUGAGGACAUACAUAAGUUACGGCGGCAGCUGAAGCAGAGGGACGCGGAGAUCAAGACACUCUCCGAUCAGCUAAUGCCCACCAAAGAGAAGCUUGUCGAGUACAUGGCCAUGGCCGAUCGUCUGGGGCUCCAGUACCCUUUCCCGCCGGAGCUGGAGGGUGCGACGGUGCUGCGGCUCAAGGCGCUUCACUUGCCGAUGACUCCGCGGUCGGCUUCCGUGCCAGCGCCGGUGCAGCAGCGGCGCCGCAUCACCCCCCCACCUGGGGGGGUUGGCGAGAUCUCGCCACUACCCCGUACGCCCCGAGAGCGUCGCACAGGCGGUGACGGUGGCGCCGCGCGGUCUGAGGACAAUGUCUUCUCUUUACGAUAG